AUGUAGACUAUAAAUAUGUUGGGAAUCGACUAAGAACACAUUAGAGUAACUGCGGCAAUAUGUCGAGCCGGGUGCCUAUUUUUGUUGUGCUUAUCUUAGUGAUUAUACUCAUAACCGAAACAAGAAGUGAACAGCAAAGCGCCGAAACUAAUUUAGAGGGAGGCAAUCAACAGCUUCAAUUAAUUUUGGAUACCAUAAAUCAAUACGAGCGUCAGAGACUAAAAGAAAUGAAUGUAAAUUCAAAUUGGGAUACUAUAAAACAGCGACCCAAUAGCAAGAGAUUGCGAUGGAAUCGAAAAACAACUAUCCCGAACCGCAAGGAUCAAAACAUGGAACAUAGAGCAUUUGUUACUUCCACCUCGUCAGCUCAGCAACAAACCAAUCCGGAUUAUAUUAAUGUAAAUAAUUAUUUGCCCACACCUGCUCCUUGGUGGUAUAACUAAAAAUUGAAUUUACUGAUCUUUAUUUGUAACUUUUGUAGUUCUAAUUAGUUCAGUACAAAGCAAUACUAAAAACUUUUUUUUCUCAAUACUUGAUAGCUGU